GAAGGAGCGCUAGGUAGGAGGAGAACCAGGAAAGAGCAGCGUCUCGGAGGCCAAGAGAGUGGAGUUUUUUUUUUGAGGAGGAGGAGGGGAUGGUCAAUCAUAUCAGAAGCCGCAGAGAGGUCAAGUAGUAAGAGUACGGAGUAGUGGACAUUGGUUGGGAUGAGUACAGAGAAGUGGCCAUUGGUUGGGAUGAGUACGCAUGGCCAUUGGUUGGGAUGAGUACGGAGUAGUGGCCAUUGGUUGGGAUGAGUACGGAGUAGUGGCCAUUGGUUUGGUUGGGGAUGGGAGUACGGAGUAGUGGCCAUUGGUUGGGAU